CAAUUUAGAGCCGCGCGCGGGGCGGGAAUGUAAGAUGGCGGAGUAGCAACGCCAAGCGGUUAGUACUGAGUCUCUGAGCCGACCUCGGUUUGCAUCUCUGCAGCGGCAGUGAUCACUGGGCAAAGAGUGCCUAGAGUAGUUGGCCAAUAUGCCGAAUAUCAAAAUCUUCAGCGGCAGUUCUCACCAGGACUUAUCCCAGAAAAUUGCUGACCGCCUGGGCCUGGAGCUAGGCAAGGUGGUGACUAAGAAAUUCAGCAACCAGGAGACCUGCGUGGAAAUUGGCGAAAGUGUACGAGGAGAGGAUGUCUACAUCGUUCAGAGCGGCUGUGGUGAAAUUAACGACAAUCUGAUGGAGCUUUUGAUUAUGAUCAAUGCCUGCAAGAUUGCUUCAGCCAGCCGCGUUACGGCGGUGAUACCGUGCUUCCCUUACGCCCGGCAGGAUAAGAAGGAUAAGAGCCGUGCUCCAAUCUCAGCCAAGCUUGUUGCAAAUAUGCUUUCUGUAGCAGGCGCGGAUCAUAUUAUCACCAUGGACCUGCAUGCUUCUCAAAUUCAGGGAUUUUUUGAUAUCCCUGUGGAUAAUUUGUACGCAGAGCCCGCUGUCCUGAAGUGGAUAAGGGAGAACAUCUCUGAGUGGAGGAACUGCACUAUUGUCUCGCCUGAUGCUGGGGGAGCUAAGAGAGUGACCUCCAUUGCUGACCGAUUGAAUGUGGACUUUGCCUUGAUUCACAAAGAACGAAAGAAGGCCAACGAAGUGGACCGCAUGGUGCUGGUAGGAGACGUGAAGGACCGCGUGGCCAUCCUAGUGGAUGACAUGGCUGACACUUGUGGCACAAUCUGCCAUGCAGCUGACAAACUUCUCUCAGCUGGAGCCACCAGAGUUUAUGCUAUCUUGACCCAUGGCAUCUUUUCUGGCCCAGCCAUUUCUCGCAUUAACAGCGCAUGCUUUGAAGCAGUAGUAGUCACCAACACCAUACCUCAGGAGGAUAAGAUGAAGCAUUGCUCCAAAAUACAGGUGAUUGACAUCUCCAUGAUCCUUGCAGAAGCCAUCCGGAGAACUCACAAUGGGGAAUCUGUUUCCUAUCUGUUCAGCCAUGUCCCUUUAUAAUAGAAUAACUCCUGAGGCUUUUAAAAAAUAAAGUGAACCCCACUCCUUGUUUUCCCUUGGUAUUUGAUGAAAAACUCAGCAGAAGACCCAGCAUUUUGCUCCUGUAGCUUUCUACAUCCCGUAUCAGGUAUAUUAGUGUUUCUCCAAAAUCAGGGAAAAACAGAUUGAGACUAACUGCUCAGGUUUCCUACCUGCAUUGUCUUAUUCUGGCUUCUUUGAUUUUGUGAGCCUUGCAGCUUUAACUACAGCUCAGCUGCUGCAAGAUUUCAGACUUUGAAGGGUGUUGUGCCGGGGGUGUUGGAAUGUUUUUAGGGGAAGUUCAGACUUUCGCAUGUGAAUACUUUAGGGCUUCCUUGGUUCAGAACUACUAGCAGCAAAUCCAACCUAGUGCCCCCCCCCCCCCCCCCCCGCUCACACACACACACAAACAACAUGUGACAAGUUCUCUAAGGUCUAUGCUAAAUUACAAGAGCUGUAGGCAGCCCAGAACCCAGCUCUGAUAGCUGAGCCCCUUUAAGGCAGGCAGCUCUUGGUGGGUGGGGGUGGGGGUGGGGGCAGGGGAGAGCUGAUGAAAGAUAGCACACAGUGCAGCAGAUACUUCUGGAGAGGAACAAACCUGAUCCAUUACCCUCUGCUUGGACUGUCGCUUAGAGUCUUUGGUACCUAUUCCUUCUCUAUUUGGCUUGACCUUCAACCAUCUUGACCUUUUUCUGGCCAAAUAUCUUCUUGGGCCCAAAUGAACAUUGUACUAAAGUCUUCUGGAAAGCAAACCUCAUUUCUUGCUAUGUAUUCUUUACCAUUUACACAAGGUUAUUUCGCUGUAGCUUAAUCUUCCUUAGCCCACUACCACCAUGGUAGAAGGUUCUAGGUGGUAUUGUAGUGCCUUUUGAUUAAUUUAAGUAUUUAAUUUGCAUCUUUCUUCCUUGGAUCUGUUUGGCCUCUCAAAUGACCUGAGGUUUCUGUUAAAAAGAUUGAUGUCACUAGCUCUUGUAGAGGAAAUUAAUAAAGUAUUUGUGUUGUGUGA